CUAUCCUGGCAGGCAGGCCAGGAAGAAGACAAUCUGAGAAAAGAGCAGCCGUGGGCGCUCCAAGGCCGGUGCACAGUCCUGGAGGGCAGCAUCUGCACCACGGCCGCAGGCUGUGUCCCACAGCAAGGGAAGCCAGCAGUAAGGGGCUUCUGUCAACAAAACCAAACCCAGCAAACCAAACCAAACCAAACCAAACUCAAAAAACCACCUGACGCACAGUGUGAUCUGCUUGAAGAAAUUAAAACUUGCAAGGGCAUAUACUACAAGUAAGAUUCGAAUUCAGGUUUGUUUGUUUUUUUAAGUUGGACCCCUGACUUCACAGAAAACUAGCUGGACCAACCAUCCAGAACUUGAAGUCUGGAAUCUCACCCACCUCUGAACCUUCAAUGAUCACCCCCACACCUUGUCCCGAAUCCCAGGAACUCCCAGAUUCCAACUCCACAUCUCCAGUUCUGUUAGGCAUUCCACUGGUCUCACUAACCCAACUGUGUAAAUAAAUUUAUCCUCGCUACCUCUCCCAUCCCUGUCCCCAAAUGGCACCUGUGUUCACCCACAGUCAAACCUUUAUUCCUAUCUCCUGCCUCUUUCCUUAUUGGAGACACCCAGUUAAGACACAAAGGAGCUGGCAUCUCAAACAUCUUCCUAACCUGCCCCUGAUUUCCAUUCUGAUUCCACUGUCUAACUUAGGUCCUCAGCUCUACCUCUCAACCAUCCUCCCCUAAAUUCAAAGUUUUCAUCAUUGCCUUGCUCAAAAAUCCUCUCAAAUUCCUCAUGCCCAGAUUUCUCAGCCUGGCUCCCAUGACUGACCAGGGUUUCAACACGGGGAGCACAAUACAGUCCCCUUGGUGUGCAGGAUGUAAAUGUCAAAGAUUAUGUCUUAAUUUUUAUCUAACAGGUAAAGAAUUAAUAUCUACCAAGAAAUAGACAGACCUGGUGUCCUCAACUAGGGUCCUUGGAUCAAUCAGUCCCCUGUGACAAACAAGAUGAAUACAACACACUUUCAGUGGAAUGAGGCCAAGUUACUUUUUGUAUAAGGUUUCAUCAGCUCAGCUAAUAUUUAUAAAAACAUAACUUGUAAAUGAUGGGAUCUUUACAGUGAGAUGAGAAUCUCUGGUAUUGCAGGACAGUUCAUGAUCUCUUCCUAAACAAGUCGUUGCCAGAUUUGACAUCCUUUUCCACUGUUUGGCACACUGUUUAUUUAGCAAUGGGCUUUGAAAAUGGAUAUAUAGUAACACUUCCUCCACAAGUUUGCUUUUUAAAGUCUGUAUAACAGACUUGAACAGCUUGUUUUUAAAUUUCUUUCUUGUGUUAUAUUAUAUAUAUAUUAGAACAAUAGUACACACAGAGACAUAAAUACAUGGAGGUUGAAUGUUCAUUCCAUUUUUCCUGUUAAGGACACGGAAUCUAAAGUCUCUAGGCCGAUGCACCAUCUGGCUCAAGCUCAUCUUUCUGACUUAUACACCUGCCUUGUCAAUGACUCUGUCUGUAUGUCUAAUAGGCAUUUAAAACUCAAUCUAUCCAAACCUGAGCUCCCAAUAUUAAUACCACACCCAACUACCAUCACUCUUUUCGAGCAGUUUUUCCGACCUUAGUAACUCAACUCAAAAUCCAAAGCCUUGGUUUUCUCCAUGUUCCUCUUUCUCUCAAUACCCCUCUUGAAAUCAUAGCAGCAAAUCCCCAUCUUAUCUCCAGUUAGUUCCCUUCCCCUACUCCUCAUUGUCACUGUUCAACACCUCCACUGGUCCUAUGGGUGCUAAGUUUACUCACUUUUGGCAUAAGUGCCGCUUCUCACUCAUCCUGGUAUCACCUGCAGCACCCAACACACUUCUCGGCAAGAAGAUACUCAAAGGAUGACCGGUUUGGUUUUGUGUGAACCAACAGAGCUUUACAACAUCUUGAAUCAGGUCACAAAACUAUCCAGAUUAACUGAACCCAACUACCUCUGUUUAUUGGAUGUGCGGUCCAAGCGGGAGUAUGAUGAAAGCCACGUGAUUACAGCCCUCCUUGUGAAGAAGAGGGCAGGCAAAUAUCUAAUCCCGGAAUCUGUGGAUCUGGAGUGUGUGGAAUACUGUGUGGUAUACGAUAACAGCACCAUCUCCCUGGAGCUAAUGCUGAAAGACGAAAGCAGUGACGAUGACAACGCUGACGAUGGCAAGCACAGAAUAGUGCUUGGAGCGGCUGUGGAGUGUGGCAGAACCCUAACCCACCUCACCCGCCACCCCAUCCUUAUCCUGAGAGGAGGCUACGAGCACUUCUCGGCCAGGUACCACUUCUUCCGGACACAGAAGAUCAUCUGGAUGCCUCAGGAACUGGAUGCCUUCCAGCCAUACCCUAUUGAGAUAAUGCCAGGCAGGAUCUACCUGGGAAAUUUCAAGCAAGCCUGUGACCCUAAAAUUCAGAAGGAUUUGAAAAUCAAUGCACAUGUCAACAUCUCCAUGGAGACAGGGCCAUUUUUUGUAGGUGAUGCCGACAGGCUUCUGCACAUCCAGAUAGAAGAUUCCCUGGAAGCAAGCAUUACACCCUUUUUACGCCUCCUCUGUCACUUCAUUGACAUUCACCUGGAGCUCAACUCCGUCAUCCUGGUCUUUUCCACCUUGGGCAUCAGCCGCAGCUGUGCGGCCAUCCUGGCCUACCUUAUGCAUCGGAACGGGCAGACCCUGAAGAGGUCCUGGGCCUACCUCAAGAAGUGUAAAAACAACAUGCGCCCAAAUCGGGCUUUGGUGGCUCAGCUGUCAGAGUGGGAGAAGGUUGUCCUCGGAGACAUCGUCACGGACAUCCAGAAUCCACCCUACUGAUUCUGUGGUCCAGCUAUGGGGCCAGAAGAACCUGACUUGGGGGCUUUUUGUGGGUAGUCGGCCAGGGUGUAUAACCCAGGAAUAAGAAGGCCUUUGUUGCCUGGAGCCUUGUGUCAGCCUCCUGCAGUGGUUCUUCCCGGGUUCCUCAUUGGUGCCACAUAGAAGGUGUUCAGACUCAGCAAGAACCCAUCCCUUGGGCGUCUGGAUCACCCCCACUGCACUCCCAAGGCUGCCUUGGGAGGAGCAUCUGGCUGCCAGAGCAGCUGCCCCUCCUGUCUCCCAUAAUGUGGUCCUUUGGGAGGCUGCCCCUAGGCAGCUCCAAGUUUUCCCCCAGCCUUGUGUUGCUCCACAGGGGGUGUCAAAAUGCCCACCCACUGGAGGAGAUCCCCAGCCCCAGAGAUGCCAAACCCAGCCUUGGCUCAGGUGCCAGGCUUCACAGCUUUGAGAGACUCAUGGCACAAGGGCAUCUCCUUGC